AUGUGCCAAGGCAAGCAGCAAUGUUUCGUGCCUGCGGCGGACGCCAUUUUUAAUGGCAGCCCUUGUAACUCUGUCAUGAAAUACCUAGAAGUGAAUUAUGAGUGCCAGGGCGAAGACCCGUGCGAGCAGAACGAACACGACUCCAUCGACGACAUUUGGCGGAGCACCGGGCACCGCACGAUCGGCCUCCCGGACAGCGAGCUUCACGACGACCGUUAUGUGCUCGCCGAGGGCUGGUACCGCUUCGUGAGCCCGGCAGGGGGAGAGAUGCCCACCUCCUGUGUGCCUCUGGAGUCCUGUGGUACCAGGUCUCCUGUGUGGAUGGACGGGACCGUACCGGCGGUCAACCAGACCCAGACAGUCUCGGGGUGUAUAAACGACGGAGGCUGCUGUGAUAACAUUGUCAGCUUGAAAGUGAAAAACUGCGGUGAUUUCCUGGUGUACAAGCUCUCACCCCUGCAGUUCGCCUUAAACCCCAGUGCCUACUGUGCAGACAUGAUCCCGAAGCUCCGCGGCGCGCCCACGCUGGACUACCACGCCAGCCAGACCGAGUCGUACUUCCUGUGCGACUUUGACGGCCCGACCUGGCCCAACGUCACGUGGGUGGUGGAGUGGUUCCUGGACGACACCGUCAUCCUGACGGAGGAGCUGCCGGGAUGGGUGCAGACAGCCUACCUGGACCAGAACGCCAUUCUGCUCAACACCGAGGUAAGCUGUCAGGUCCAUGGUCACUUCGACGGUUCGAACGCCACCACCGUGCCGGACAAAAGUGACCCGUACUACGCUGGCAUCGUGGUUGGACCACAGAACCUGACCGUACACGAGAACGGCGGACCGGCCAACUUCACAGUCCACUCAACCAUCGCCCUGAACUGUGACGUCAUGAUCGUCAACAACGACGGCUACCUAGGCCGGCCUGACGUACUGUUGGACCAGUGUACCCUGUCGUUCGACACGGGGAGCUGGGGUGUGGACAACCCGCAGACGGUCACGGUCUGGGCCAUCCGGGACUUCCAGAGCGACGGGGACCAGCACGUGCAGAUAGACGUCAUCCCGACCGCAGACUGUGACGUCCCACCGAGUGGGAACACUCAGGAUGUUCUGGUCCAUUCCCGGGUCUGGCGGUGCUGGGCCGUGUCCUGUAACUGUGGCGUGGCUGUGAGGGAGGGAGACGACGUCAUCACGAUAGACAUGUGCGACGGUCCGUUCGGCCACACGGCCCCGACCGUCCGGCUGAGGAGUCCGCAGGAGCCCGCCAGGGGGACCAGAGUCACCCGCAGCCAGAGUGGCAGGAGUUUCAAGGUUUCCCUUCCCUCCGGCGCAGAAGUGCGGACGGAUGUAGAGUACUGGGGAAUGAACCUGCACGUGAAGGUGCCCAGUGAUGACUUCGGCGCUACGGAAGGCCUGUUCGGCACGUUCGACCACGACUGGACCAACGACUACAACACACGGGACGGAGCCGUCUCGUCUAAUUCCAAUGACUUCAGUUGGUCCUGGAGGAUCCCAGCCGGACAGAGCCUGUUUGACCGCCUGCCGGACCCAGCGGACACACCGGGACAGCCCGCCAGUCGGUACGAUGGUUCUGUGCUCUGCGCAUGCACCGCCAGCGGCCCGCAAUGCGGAGAUCCCGACACGAUCCCGACUUUUCCCAACGACUUCGACAUCGACAUCACAAACACGCUGGUGCAGAGGAGAGGCCGGAGGUCCAGGGACCUCCGAUCUACACAAGUCGCGGACAGGUCUAUACCAGCUGCCCCUGUGGCUGUCACCGCUACGUGGCCCACUCCCUCCGGAAUAACGCACGACAACGCCACGGCCAUGUGCAAGGAAGCCGCCAUGACGUCUCCCGCCUUCGCCGCAUGCGCAGCAGUGCUGUCUGACGCGGACGUGUUCUCAGGAGUGGAGGAUUGUGUUGAGGACAUCAAGGUGACGGACAACCUGGUGUUUCUGCAACAAGCCGCCAUGCUAAUGGAGGAGCUGUGUCGGGAGGAAGCGCUGAAGAACGUGACGCUGUACGACCAGAAGGACGAGAACAGCACGGCCCUCCCCCCGGCCUUCGUGGGCUCCUCUCUGUGCCCGGGCAGGUGCAGUCUCAGGGGAGAGUGUAUCAACGCGACCUGCUACUGCGAUCCAGGCUAUGGUUCCUCCGACUGUUCGGUGGACAUGACGACACCUCCCGCUCUGGUUGUCGUCAGGUACGGACGCACGUGUGACGUCAGGUCUGAAGACUGUGACGUCAUCGGCGUCGUCGGAGACGGGUUCCUCGACUCGCGGUCACUCCAGUGCCACGUCAUGCACGUGGAGAGAACUUCGGACAAAGCGAGGGGCCGCCAGCCCUCAGCGCUCCCCGCCACAGCUGACUUCCUGAGUUUCCGUGAGGUGGAGUGUACAGUCCGCGGGAGCGUCCUGACCAUCGACGGCAACCCGGAUGAGAACACGGGCACCCCCGUCAGUAACGUCACCGUUGCCGUUAGCAACGACGGUCGUCUGAACAGUGUCAGUGACGUGCUUCAGGUGACCAUCUACGACUCCCACUGUCAGGAGUGUGACGGGACAGGUGUCUGUCGGGCUAAGGAAAACGCUUGCGAGAUCAAAGGAUUCUGCUACCCUGCCAAUGGGAGCCACCCUGCGGACAGCGCUCGGUACUGCAACCCGUCUGUCAACCGUAGCGGAUGGACGUUCAGGCCCGCUACAGGGGAACAGCAGCCCAAGCACAUCGUGGGUAUCGUGGCCGGUACUGUUGUUGGUACAGUCGUUCUCGUGUUGGCCGUGGCCCUCAUUUUGAAGAUUAAGAAGCAGAAGAGGAGCGUUUCUGUCGGAUUCUUGAAAGAAGACGGUGACACGGUAAAACAGGCCACGGGGAUGUCUCCAUAACCAUGACAACGUCACCAUCCUGACAACUUCAGCAUAGACUUAGACAGUGCAGACUUUCUAGCAGCCAGCGUUUGUUUCUGCGAUCGCGGCUAGAGUGAAGCAGUUACUUGAGUUAACCACUAACCCUAACGUUAACCCCAAACCUAAACCCUACCAUAACGCUGAUCCUAACCCUAACCAUAAACCCUAAACCCUAACCCUGAUCCUAACCCUAACCCCAACCCUAAUCCCUGACCCUAACCGUAACCCUAACCCUAACAAACAAACGCUGGCCGCUAGAAAGUGAGUGGAGGAGGCUAGGUUGUGUACACGUGUGGAGUAGAAUAAACGAUCUCUGUCAUAUUCAAUGUGUUGUCAUACUUGUCUGUCUGGUGGUAAGUAAAAGAUAAAUAGUAC